AUGGACGAUCACGACCACGAGAACACCGAUAUCAACAGCAACGGCUUCGCCAAUCCAAAAACAGCGCGUACUGCCCGCACUCCUAACAAACCCAAGUCGCCGGAGCUUUCGACAACCUCAUGGUGGUCAUUGCCUCAUCCCGUCAAAUGCGUCUUCGAAAAGUUUCCUCUAAUCACCUACCCUGAAAAUGAGCUUCCCCAGAGAGCUCCUCGUCAUCAAAACGAGAACAUCCUGUACAUAUUCCAGACACUGGAGCCGCGGGCCCGAGAUGCGCCGUCGUUCAAUCCCUCGUGCUUGAAGUGGCAAGCAUAUCUGAAAUUCCACGGAAUCCCCUUUCGAACUCGGGCGUCCAACAACCAUGCCUCUCCAACUGGAGCUCUGCCUUUCUUGUUGCCUGCCUCCAAUGACCCCCAUAGAUCGGCAUCUCCGGUUCCUACCGCACGAAUCGCACGGUGGGUGGUCUCACAGGGCGGCAAAGAGGAGGCGAUACAUAUUCGACAAGAUGCGUACACUGCUCUGAUUGAUCAUGUCCUUCGAAGUGCGUGGUUAUAUUACUUGUAUCUGGACGAAGAUAAUUUUCAGGCCGUUGCAUGGCCUCUCUAUGUUGCAUCCACCUCAAGUUCCUACGCCGUCAGAACCAGCCUCGCAUAUCAGCUUCGGAAUGCUGCACGGGAGGAGCUGUUGAAAACAAACACUGUGAUUGACGGACAAGCAUUGUAUCGGAGGGCGGAAGAAGCCCUACAGUCGUUGUCGAUCUUACUAGGAGAUGAGAACUUCUACUUCGGCCAAACCACGCCCGGUCUCUUCGAUGCAAGUCUGUUCGCAUAUACCCAGAUCAUUCUCGAUGAGAAGCUGGACUGGAAACAGCCAGCCCUGAAGCUUGCGCUACAGACUCAUAAGAACCUCGUACAACACAGAGCCCGGUUGAUGCGCGGGUUCUUUUCAGCCUGA